AUGACAAUUUAUUUUCAUAAACUUUUAGAUGCUGAGACUGAGAGAUAAUAUAAUUGCUUCCAAAAUGAAUAAAUCAUUAAAACUUAAAAUAAAUAAAAAGUUCUAAUCCUUCUAUUAUUAAGUGUUUUUACAAUUUAAAAAGGAAUUGAGAAAAGUUGGACUUCAUUAACCUUCAAUAUAUUUGGAUUCAUUUUCAUUACAAUAUCCUUCAAGUUUGUGAAAAAAGCCUCCAUGUAUUACAAAUAUUUGCUCUUGGUCAUUGUUUUGAUAUUUAAUAUGUUUUACCCAUUAAAUCGCUACAUGGGUACACUUCCAAAUCAAGAUACUUACUUGGAUGGCUACUUCAUUUGCCUCGGUUCAUUAUCAAUCCUUAAUAGUGUGGAGGCUUAUGCAAAAUACAUUGUGAUGAUACCCAUUCUAGCAUUUAAUUUGUACGUAGGGCCUUACACUGAAGCAGUCCUGUGGUCGCAAUUCUUGAAGUUUGGGAUUAUGACAGUCAUGGACAUUCAAUUUGGAAUACAAUAAGAAAUUUGUAGAAGGAAAUAGUUUUCCAAGUUGAAUUGCAAUAAAAUAAUUCAAAAUUACUUCAACUCCUAAGAUUUGUUUGACAUCUUCAAGGUGAAAUUCGAUGAAAAUGUUAAGUCUAUAAAAUUAUCAUCCCUAUUAGAAAAACAAAAGUUUAAUGAAUUUUAAUAAUUAGAUUUUAAAUAACGAAUAAGAAAAAUAUUAGUUCAUCCUAAAAAGUAUAACACUGAGAUGAAUAAGAAUAGCUAAUAGAAUCAAUUUUAAAUGAACAAAAUUAAUUUGGAAACAUUUCUACUAUACUACCUAAAAGGAAUAAAGCCAAAAGCAGAUUUUAAAUUAUUUGAGUCUUUCAAGAACAAAUUGAAAGUUGAUCUUGAAGAAAUCUCAGUUAACAAUUUAGGAUAGAAUGAAAUUUCUACAUUCAACUCCAAGCAAAUUACUCCUCAAGCUUUGAUAAUCUUGAAAUAACAUUAGAUAUCCACUAAAAUCAAGAAGUUGAAACUCAAACAAGAAAAUUAUAAGCUCAUCAUAAAAUACUUUAUUUCCAUCUUUAACUCUUCCUUUAAGAAAUGCUUAACAAUAUUGCAAGAUUUCAAUCAAUUUUGUGAUAUCAAUAUAACUUCAUAGCAAUAAUUAAUAUUUCGUGAACAUCAUACUUAAUUGAAUAAGGCUUGGAAUUCAUUUAGAAAUAUGGUAGAUUUUAUGCAAUUAUCAUGCAAUAUCAACCCAUUGGCAACUUUCAAUAUUCUGCUAAUGGUUGAAUAGUUAACAUAAGCAGUUAAGUAUCUGCAUCAUGAUAAUCAUGAUAAUGCCGUAGAUCUGGAAAUUAUAAAUAAAUUAAAAAGUUCAUUUGUUGUCUCUAAUAAUGCAAAGAUGAAAUAACUCUUCUUAAAUUUGUUUUACUAUAUAUUAGAUCUGAAUUAUGGAAAGAUUUACAUCAUGUUAGAAGAAGAGUAGAAUAGCGACGAUAAUAUUAUUUACGUAAAGAUUAAGUAUCAAAGCGAAAGCAUUUUUACAAAGUCAGAAUUACAAAGUUUUCCAAUCAUAAAUCCAAUGUCCUUUUCAGAUUUACAACAUAAUUCAAAGAGCAUCUUAAAUUUAGAAAUACCCAUUAGUAUUUGGUUGGUAAGACUUUUAGGACCAAAAGAUAAAAUUAUAAUAAGAAAAAUGAAAUAGUAAUAUGAAUUAGAAUUUUAAUUGUAUAAAAUAUUAACUGCUGAUAUGAGUUUACAACAAUAUUAUAAUAUAAAACUAGAAAAUCAAGUGAUAUUACAGCAAGACGAAUAACCUUUGAUCACAAAUUGUAUUUCUUUAUAGCCAUGUAUAAAUGGAUAAUGA